AAAGUACCUUUGCAGCUGAGCGGGACCGUGACAUCCAGGAAGUGGUGCUCGGGCAUAAGAAGUCUCCCCACAGCCACGUGGCGUCAGUGACACCUGGGUCACGGGGAAGAGAGGGCAGCGCGGCAGCUGGGCAGCCCGGAGGAACGGAGGCCCCUGGAGUCCCCUGCGAAGGCCGCAGCGACAGGCUCUGCUGCUCAUGCCGGUGGGGCUCUGCCAGGAGAAAGCCAGGGGCAAGACCCUUGCCAGGGGCCUGGCUGGCACAGCAUGGAGCACUCCAGCAAGAUGGAGUUUUUCCAGAAGCUAGGCUACGACCGGGAGGAUGUGGUCCGGGUACUCGCCAAGCUGGGCCAGGACGCCCUGGUCAACGACGUGCUGCAGGAGCUGAUCCAGACCGGCAGCCGCCCCGGGGCCCACCUGAGCAGUGCUGCACCCCUGCUGGUCCCCAGGGGCUCCUGUGGGACCCCGGACUCCAUCCGGCGCGGGCUGGGGGCCGAUCCGGAGGAGGACCGGAGAUCCGAAGCGUCCUCAAUAAACCCUUUCUGUGUCUCUACAGAUUCUUUGUUUUCCCAUUGUAGCCAUGGAAAUAAAGAAGUCUUCUCUUGCCGGGGAAUCCAGCUGGCUGUGGACUGGUUCAGGGACCCAUCCUGGAGGAAGGACCCCCCGAGAGCCGACACCCCCAUUAGAGAGCAGCAUGUGCUGGAGGAGCUGGAGCGCCAGGCGGUGCUCGUGUACACCCCGUCGCGCAAGGUGAAUGGCAAGCGCGUGGUCUGCUACGACGACCGCUACAUCGUGAAGGUGGCCUACGAGCGGGACGGCGUCAUCGUCUCCAAUGACAACUACCGUGACCUGCAGAGCGAGAACCCCGAGUGGAAGUGGUUCAUUGAGCAGAGGCUGCUCAUGUUCUCCUUUGUCAACGACAGGUUCAUGCCUCCUGACGACCCCCUGGGCCGCCGGGGACCCACCCUGAGCAACUUCCUGAGCAGGAAGCCAAAGCCCCCGGAGCCCUCCUGGCAGCACUGCCCAUAUGGCAAGAAAUGCACCUACGGCAUCAAGUGCAAGUUCUACCACCCGGAGAGGCCGCACCACACGCAGCUGGCGGUGGCCGACGAGCUAACAACAUCCCAGGAGAAAGCCCAG